CUUCAGUAUCCGAACAGACAUAAUGUUUGAUGGACAAAAGCAAAUUAGAUAAUAACGAUAUAAAUAUACCGUGGCUCGUAGUCGUAAUCAGUCGAAGCCGUCCGCGUGGUUUAUCCGUCGUUACCAGUAAAUUUUAAACUUUUUUAAAAAAAAUAGAAAAAAAUUUUUCCGCUCUUUUUCCACGGAACCGUUUUCGAACAAAAUUAAUUAUCGGUUCAACCGUCGACCGUGUAGUAGAGCCGGUAGAAAAUCAAUAAAACAAAUACCGAUAAUGUUUGACUAUCUUGGAUUCACGAGUGGGACGAAAACUACGAACCCAGAAUCCUAGUAAUAUUCAAUCGGGUGAAAAAUAUGGAAUUUGGCAUUCACAACAUCAGAUAUUUAUCUGAAUGACACUCUGUAAAGACAAGGUUCUGAUUCGGACGGAGGUAUGGUCCGAGGUCAUGUGGCUUUGUGCAUAGCGACGCUUGCGACGUUUGUGCGGUCAGGCACUGCGGGCAUUCUCGAAUGGGGACGAUCCAACCACAUAGAGGUCAACAUACCCUGGUUACCAUUUGAAAACGAGACAAGAUGUUACGACGAACUAGGAUGUUUGAAUAUCACACGAGAUUGGUAUCAUCUCAUUUAUCGGCCGUUCAACGUGUUUCCAUUAGCGAGACAAGUCAUCGACACUCGAUUUAUUCUAUACACAAGAAAAAAUCCUUUGCAGGGCCAGAUGCUGAAAGUGCAGUCGGAGAAAACUAUUCAAAAGUCCAAUUUGGACCCUAAAAAGCCGACGAAGUUUAUCAUACACGGUUUCAUCGACACGCCUCUGAGUAAUUGGGUCAAGGAAAUGAGAAGAGAACUGCUGAAACACUCCGAUUGGAACGUCAUAGUGGUCGACUGGGCGGGUGGGUCGUUACCUUUGUACACGCAGGCAACGGCCAACACACGACUCGUGGGACUGGAAAUCGCCUACUUCAUCAACUACUUAAAAGAUAACGUGGGCUUAAAUCCGAAACAUGUUCAUCUGAUAGGACACAGUCUGGGCGCUCACACCGCCGGUUACGCCGGCGAACGGAUCGAAGGGCUGGGCCGAAUCACCGGGCUGGAUCCGGCCGAACCGUACUUUCAAGGGAUGCCCUCGCACGCCAGAUUGGACCCCACUGACGCACAACUGGUGGAUGUCAUACACACCGACGGAUCGUCCAUAUUUCUAUUGGGCUAUGGGAUGAGCGAGCCAUGUGGUCAUAUAGACUUUUAUCCAAAUAACGGUAAAGAACAGCCUGGAUGCGAUCUAACGGAAACCCCAUUACCUUUAACUCUCAUCAAAGAAGGAAUUGAAGAAGCAAGUCGCGUUUUAGUUGCUUGUAAUCACGUAAGAGCCAUCAAACUUUUCAUUGAGUCCAUAAACUCAAACUGCCCAUAUAUUGCACAUAAAUGCAACUCGUAUCAAAACUUUUUACAGGGUAAAUGUUUCUCAUGCAAAGAAAACGACACUGGGUGUGCCAUAAUGGGCUUAAACACGGUGAGACCAAACCACGCACCGGGUGCUAAGUAUUUCAUUUCCACCGGAAAGGAUACACCGUAUUGUAGACGACAGUAUAAAGUAAUGUUGGAUUUGGCCAAACCACCUAGAGCCGAGUCCUGGGUUCAAGGAUUUAUGAAAGUAUCAUUGCACAGCGACAACGGUGUUAUAAGGAACUUAGAUCUGACUCCCAACGGUUACGAACGUAUGGAACACGGAACUAGUCGGAGCUUUGUGGUCACUCAUCCGGAUGACAUAGGCCAAGUGAAGCGAGUAGAGUUUUACUGGGAGUACGAUAUGGACGUGCUGCAACCCAGGUCCAUAUGUUUUUUCUGGUGUAACGAUCAUCUCUACGUGUCCAGUAUUGGUGUCACGGAAGCAGACGAAGAUGGCAGUAGAGGAAAACGAGGUGUCCUGAUGGAUAGUAAACUUUGCAGUCAGGGUCCCAGGGAGUACGCUGAUAUUGCGUCCAGGACGUCAGCUGUGUUCAUUGACAAAUGUGAAGACCAAGAACUCUUAAACUAAAUUAAAUACUAAAUUAAAUAACUUUGUGUGCGUGUGUGUGUGUGUGUGUGUGUGUGUGAUUUUUUUUUUGUGCUUUUCUAUGUGAAAUGUACAUAAAUUAUAUAGAUAUGCAUAAUAUGUAUACACAUAUUUUUAGUGUGCACUUUUGCAAAUAUGAUGUACAAACAUGUGUGAUAAAGAGAUACCUACCUUUAAAUGUUAUACGUUUUAUAUCAAAACUUUAUUGUUAUACGAUUUUUAUGAUGAUAAUUAUAUAUUAUACGAUGUUUCUUUAUUUA